AUGAGUCUCAAGAUAAAAGAACAAAUUGUGAAACAACUCAAUGCUAAGGUAAUCAUGGUGUCUCAUUAUCCCAUCUGGCUAUCAAAUCCUGUGCCAGUGCCUAAGAAAUCUGGUGAGGUACGAGUAUAUGUUGAUUACAGAAAUCUGAAUAAGGCCAGUCCGAAAGACGAUUUUCCUUUGCCAAAUAUUCAUAUUCUUUUGGACAAUACUGUUGGACACGAAAUUAAAUCUUUUGGUGAUUAUUUUACUGGAUAUCAUCAAAUCUUAAUGGUGGAAGAAGACAGAGAGAAAACCUCUUUUAUCACCCCUUGGAGAACCUUUUGUUAUCGAGUGAUGCCUUUCGGGUUGAAGAAUGCAGGUGCUACUUAUCAGAGGAUCAUGACUACCCUGUUCCAUGACAUGAUUCACAAAGAGAUGGAGGUUUAUGUGGAUGAUAUCAUAAUUAAAUCCAAGAAGGUCGAGAACCAUUUGGUUGAUUUAAAGAAACUGUUUGAAAAAUUGAGAAAAUAUAAGUUGAAAUUGAAUCCUGCGAAAUGUGCUUUUGGAGCCCCAACUGGCAAAUUAUUAGGUUUUAUUGUCAGCAAAAAGGGUAUAGAGAUAGAUCCUGCGAAAAGAAAAGCAAUUCGAGAUAUUCCCAUUCCAAAAAGUCAAAAAGAUGUGAAGAGUUUUCUUGGAAAGAUCAAUUUCAUUGGCCGAUUCAUUGCACAGUUAACUUCUACCUUUGAGGACAUGAGUGAGCAGUAUCCUGAAUGGAGGUUAUUUUUUGACGGUGCGUCAAACUCUUUCGGAGUUGGAAUUGGAGCAGUUUUAGUGUCGCCUGAAGGGAAACACUAUCCUGCUACCGUCAAAUUACGGUUUCCUUGUACCAACAACAUGGUUGAGUAUGAAACUUGUAUUUUUGGAUUAAAAAUGGCAUUGGACAUAGAGAUCAAGGACCUGAUAACAUUCAGUGAUUCCGAUUUACUUGUGCACCAGACGCUUAAACAGUGGUUUGGCCAGCAAAUUCAGGAAUUUGGAACUCAGACAUAUUCCCCGCACUCUAAUGCCUUUAUUGAUACUUUAGCUACUCUGUCUUCGAUGAUCCAAUAUCCAGAUGAGCUGGUGAUUGAACCAAUGCAGAUUCAACUUCAGUAUAGAAUGUCAUCAAGAUUCUUCUUAAAUGGAGAAGUGCUAUACAAGAAAACAUUUGAUUUGGACAUUCUGAGAUGCAUCAAUGAACAAGAAGUCGAUUAUAUGAUGAAGGAAGUGCAUAGUGGGAUUUUGGCGAUUGAAUAUUUCACCAAGUGGGUUGAGGCCGCGUCCUAUAAGCACGUGACUAAGAAAGUGGUGUCGGAUUUUUUGAGAAAUAAUAUUAUCUGUCGUUUUGGGGUACCAGAGACGUUGAUCACUGACAAUGUCAAGAACCUCAAAAAUGAUAUGGUAGAUGAAUUAUGUGAACAGUUCAAAAUUAGACAUCGAAAUUCGGCCAUUUACAGGCCUCAGAUGAAUGGAGUCGUUGAAACUGCAAAUAAAAAUUUGAAAAAGAUUAUUCGUAAGAUGACUGAAACACAUCGGGAUUGGCAUGAGAAGCUGCCUUAUGCACUAAUGGCGUACAGAACUACCAUCAGAACUUCUACAGGUGCAACUCCUUACUCUCUUAUGUUUGGAAUGGAAGCAGUCAUACCUGCAGAAGUUGAAAUUCCUUCCUUGCGCAUUUUGAUGGAAGCUCAGAUAGAAGAAACUGAAUGGGUCAGAGAACGUCAGGAGCAGUUGUCUCUGAUUGAUGGAAAGAGGUUGAAUGCCGUGUGUCAUGGACAAUGUUAUCAGCAACGAAUGGUUCGGCUUUACAACAAAAAAGUCAAGCCCCGUUUGUUUGAUGUUGGAGAUAAGGUUUUGAAACGGAUUCUUCCAAUGCAAGAUGAGGCUAAAGGGAAGUUUGCUCCCAAUUGGCAAGGACCAUUCAUUGUUAAGAAAGUGCUAUCCAGAGGAGCACUUAUCCUUAUGGAAAUGGACGAUCAAGUUUUUUCCCAACCAAUCAAUGCAGACAUGUGUAAAAAGUUUUUCAUUUGA